CGCGCCUUGGUGGGCAAGCUGUAGGCGGCUGAUGGACAUCAGCUCUCUCCCAACUACAUCACCAACUUUCCAGCCAUUCCGACCACGACCUCCACCAACCAUUCUGCUGUUUCGCUACGGGUUGCACCAACCUGUCUUCCCUUUCUCACACUUCAAAUAGUAAUUCCCAAACAUCAAAGCAGCUGAAAUGGAUCGAUUGAGAACCAUGUUCGCUGGCCCUGGCAUGGGCAUGGGAGCUGCUCCUGGGACAGAUAAUACCAAUCUCAUCGAUAACUCCGAGACCGUCUACAUCUCGUCCCUCGCCCUCCUCAAAAUGCUUCGCCACGGCCGCGCCGGCGUCCCUAUGGAAGUCAUGGGUCUAAUGCUGGGCGAAUUUGUCGACGAUUUCACAGUUCGUGUCGUCGAUGUGUUUGCGAUGCCUCAGAGCGGUACUGGUGUGAGUGUGGAGGCCGUCGACCCGGUGUUCCAGACCAAGAUGAUGGACAUGCUUCGGCAAACAGGAAGGCCCGAGUCGGUUGUCGGCUGGUACCAUUCGCAUCCCGGUUUCGGGUGCUGGCUCUCGUCUGUCGAUAUCAAUACCCAGCAGAGUUUUGAGCAGCUGACCCCGCGUGCUGUUGCCGUGGUCGUCGAUCCAAUCCAGUCAGUCAAGGGCAAGGUCGUCAUCGACGCCUUCCGUUUGAUCAACCCACAGUCCCUUAUCAUGGGACAGGAACCCCGGCAAAGCACUUCCAAUUUGGGUCAUCUGAACAAGCCCUCUAUUCAAGCGCUUAUCCAUGGCCUUAACCGCCACUACUACUCGAUCGGCAUCAACUACAGAAAGACGGCCCUCGAGGAGAAUAUGUUGAUGAACCUACACAAGCAAGAGUGGACAGAGGCGCUUCAGAUGGAGGACUUCCAUUGCGAGGGUCAACGAACAAAGGAUCGUCUCGAGCGCCUAGUCAGUCUUGCAGAGGGAUACGAGAAGAGGGUCAAGGAGGAGACAGAGCUCACCAAGGAGCAGCUUAAGACGCGCUAUGUCGGCAAGCUGGACCCCAAGAAGCAUUUGGAAGAUGUCGGACAACAGCUGAUCGAGGACAACAUCGUGGCGGUGUCAAGGCAGAUGAUCGACAAGGAGGCGACGAUGCCAAAGAAGGACACUCCAGGUGCCAAUGGCAAAGCGAAUGGGGACGAAAUGGAUGUGGAGGAUGAACUUUGA